GCCUCAGCGCAGAGGAACUCCCGGCUGCCACAGAAGUGCAGAACGUGCCCCCGAGGAAAGGAUCCGCUCACCUGACCUGGCAUCCUCCUCUCGUGCAAAAUUGAGAUCCAGGUGGCAAAGGGAGAGAUGGGUGGCCCCGAGACCUGUCUUGGCUUCCUGGUCCUGCUUCUGAUUGUCUGGUUCAGCGGGACGCCCGGCGACGCUCACUCUCUGUCCUAUAACUUCACCAUCGAUCCUCAGCCCAGACCUGGACAGGUGUUGUGUGAGGUUCAUGGCCAGGUGGACGGACAGGAUUUUCUCUCCUAUGACUGUGGUCAUGCUAAGAUCAUAUUCACAAGUCCAUUGGGAGAAGAAGUGAAAACCAUGAAGUCCUGGGACACACAGAUCGAAACUCUCAGAGACAUCAGGGACCAACUGCGUGACUUUACACUGGAGAAACCCACGGUCACGGACCCUCUCACCCUGCAGGCCAGGAUGACAUGUCGCUGUGAGGAUGACAGACACAUCAGUGGAUCCUGGCAGUUUGGCUUGAAUGGACAAAUGAGCCUCCACUUUGAUUCGGAGAAUGGACACUGGAGAGUGGAUCACCCUGGAGGCAGAUGGAUGAAAGAGAAGUGGGAGAAUGACAGAGCUGUGACCGAGUUCCUGAAGAAGGUCUCCAUGGGAGACUGCCGGGCCUGGCUUCAGGCUUUCAUGGGGCGCUGGGAGAAAAUGUUGAAGACCUCGGCAUCACCGACCACGGUUCCCCCUACGGUGCAGCCCAGGGCCACAGCCAUCAAGACUGAAGCCUGGAUCCUCCCUGUGGUCCUCACCAGUUUCAUCAUAACUGUCUUCCUGGGCUGAGUCCUUUCAAAGAACAGGAGAUGGUGCUCCCAGGAAGCCCAACAGGUGCUCUGUCUGCCUUUCUCUUGUUCUUCUCUUUAGAUCCAGGAGAUCAGACCCCAUGAAUCCUGAGUAUGUUAUCCGGUUGCUGUGACACAGUAGAUGCAUCAUCUCAUGGCCUUUAUCACAUUUGAUGAAAUCCUACUCAGCAUCU